UGUGAGUAUUUGUUUGUUGUGUUUUGUUCUUGUUGUGUUUGAAUGACGAUAAUACAAACAUUUUUUAUUUUUGUGAAUUUUCAUCUUAAUAUUGGUAUAUUGGUAUAUAAAGAAAAAAAAAUCUCUAAUCCAAAAUUGGUAACCUACUUGAUUCACCACCACAAAGUAUGGAUAAACAUUUAUUCAAUCUAAAAUUUGCUGCCAAAGAAUUGGAACGUCAUUCGAAACGUUCAGAAAAACAGGAACGUGUACAGAAAUUAAAAUGUAAAAAAGCCAUCCAAAAUGGUAAUGUUGAAGGUGCCCGUAUAUAUGCUGAAAAUGCUAUACGUGAAAAGAAUCAAGCAUUAAAUUUUUUACGAAUGGCAAGCCGUGUUGAUGCCGUAGCAAGCCGUGUACAAACAGCUGUAGCCACUAAAUCUAUUGCACAAUCAAUCGGUGGCGUUACAAAAGCCAUGGAUUCAGCAAUGAGAUCAAUGAAUUUGGAGAAAAUUUCACAGAUUAUGGAUAAAUUUGAAAAACAAUUCGAAGAUUUAGAUGUACAAACAAAUACUAUGGAAAGUACCAUUAGUAAUGCAAUGGGUACAAUGUCACCAGAAGCACAAACCGAUAGCCUUAUGAAACAGAUAGCCGAUGAAGCCGGUUUAGAAUUGAAUCUUGAAUUACCGAAUGCAGCUACAUCAACAUUAGCAUCGGCAAAAGAAUCGACCAAAGAAGAUGAAUUAUCUAAACGUUUGGCUGCCUUACGAUCGAUGUGAUGAUUGAUGAUGAAAUUAUUUUAGAAAAAAAAACUAUUUAACCAAACCCCACCCCCAUCCUCUUAAUCCCCAAUAACAACGACGACUUAUGUUCACAUAAUUGUUUCAUUUGUUAAUUCUCUAUAAUAAUUCUUUGUUGUAUUUUUAAGCUUAACUUUCUGAUAACCCAUUGCUUACUGGUUUUCCUUAUUUCAUCCCCCCAUCCCCAUAAGAAAAAUGCAAAUUUAUUAAAUAAUAAUAACUGAGCUUUUUUUUCAUUGACAAAAA